ACUUGGUUUGUGGUAUUAGUUAGCCAUUAUUGUUUAUUAUAUAGUAGUGGCAUAAACGUCUUUAUCAUUAUAGUAAUAUAUAUUAUCAUUAAGAUAUUGGAAGAAAAAUCGUGCAAAAAAUGUAAAAUAUUAUUUAAUGAUAAUAUAUGAUAAUUAAAUAUUCUAUGAUAUACAAUUAAAAUAAAGUUAUUCUAUACAUUUGUAUAAAAAAUUUCUUAACAAGCAUGUUCCCAGCUUACGCUUAUUUAUCUGCUUACGACAGACAUAAAAAGCUUAUAAAUGACUAUCUGUUAUUAAAAGGAGAAACUGUAACAUCUUUAAAGCGAGACACGUCCCGAGAUAAGAGAGACUAUGAUGUUAUCAAAGAGAAUCAUAAAUUUCUGUGGGAUGAGGAUGAAGAUCAACCUAGUACAUGGGAAGCUCGAUUAGCUAAAAGAUACUAUGAUAAAUUGUUUAAAGAAUAUUGUAUCUGUGAUUUGACCUAUUAUAAAUACAAUAAGGUUGCGUUGAGAUGGAGAACAGAGAAGGAAGUGAUCAUAGGCAAAGGACAAUUUGAAUGUGGCAAUAAAAAAUGUACUUUAAAAGAAGACCUUCGUUCUUGGGAAGUUAACUUUGGUUAUAUUGAACAUGGGGAAAAAAAAAAUGCUUUAAUAACAUUGCGUCUAUGCCCAGAAUGUUCAAUGAAAUUAAAUUAUCGAUCUCAAAAGCGCGAAGUAAAAAGAAACAAGGCAUUAAAACGUCUAGGAUCACAUCCUAAAUUUGAUAUUGAAAAACCUAGUACAUCCGAUGAUACAUCUAAUAAUACAAGAAUUCAAGAGAAUGAAAAUCUUUCAACAGCUGAAAAUGUUGAUAAUACUGUGGAUGAAGAAUUGAAAAUUGAGAAAUCUAAUAUUUGGAAAGAGAAACCCGUAGAAUCAGUAGAGCGAUCAAGAGAAGAAGAAUUUGAAGAAUAUUUGGCUGACUUAUUCAUGUAAAAAAAAAAUAUUGAUUUUGUUCCAUAUCUAUAUAUCUAUCAUAUUGAUAUAAUAAUAAUUAUUUUCAAAUAUCAAUAGCGCUAUUAUAUAUAGUAGUAAUAAUUAAUUAAAUAUAAAUUCUUCUGUACAUUAAUAUUAUUUCAGUUAGAUACAUAUUUGAAUUCUGUAAUUAAGUAAAACUAUAUUAUUCCAUCUAAAAUGUAUUAAAAUAUUUAAUAAUUCUAACCUUUCUAAAUAUUUUGUAAUAUAAUAAAUAAAUAAUCUAAAUUAUGU